AUGGUCAUCUACUCCUUUGGCCUCAUGCAGAGCUGUGGUUACCCUGAUCUGCCCUAUGUCAAAUGUGGAGUUGGUGAAGAUCUUUUUAUCAACAUGGACAGCUUCCUCCUGAGUGUGAUGGCCUAUGACCGCUAUGUGGCCAUUUGUCACCCACUCCACUACACUCUGAUGAUGAGCCCCAGACUCUGUGUCCUCCUGGUGGUCCUAUCAUGGGUCAUCACAAACCUGCAUGCUCUCUUGCACACUCUCCUCAUGGUUCGACUCACCUUCUGUUCCCACAAUGCAGUGCACCACUUCUUCUGUGACCCAUAUCCUAUCCUGAAGCUCGCUUGUUCUGACACCUUUAUUAAUGACCUGAUGGUCUUCACUGUGGGUGGAGUGAUAUUCCUGACACCAUUUUCUUGCAUUGUUGUUUCCUAUGCUUACAUUUUCUCUAAUGUCCUGAAGAUGCCCUCUACCUGUGGGAUAAAAAAAGCCCUGUCCACAUGUGGGUCUCACCUCACUGUGGUCUCUCUCUUCUAUGGAGCAAUCCUGGGGAUCUAUAUGCGUCCUUCAUCCUCAUACUCACUACAAGACACGGUGGCCACUGUCAUCUUCACUGUGGUGACACCACUGGUCAAUCCCUUCAUCUACAGCCUGAGGAAUCGUGACAUGAAAGCAGCCCUAAGGAAGAUGGUUCUCAGAUGCUAG